AUGAGCGAAGAGCAGUUUAAUGACACCAGUACAGCCAAGCCUAAAAAGAUGAGGAAACUAUUUUCACCUCAGGAAGAUGCUCUUUUAACAAAAAUUAUGUUCCAACAGCCUUUCGAAACUUGGAUUGCUGUUGCAGAGCAACUUCCAGGAAUGACUGCUAGGCAAUGCCGCGAUAGGUGGGUAAACUACUUAUCUCCUUCAAACAAGAACGGCCCAUGGUCUCACGAGGAAGAUCAACUUCUUGCGGAAAAAUAUAUUGAGCAUGGGCCUCAAUGGACAACAAUCGCUAAAUUCUUCGAUGGAAGAAGCGAGAAUAACCUUAAAAAUAGAUGGUACACUUAUGUUAAGGCUAGAUUCAAUCAGAGUCAAAAAUCUAACUUCAAUACAUUUAAAUCUCAAAAGACUGACAAAGUACCAGCACCUUUACCACAAAGACCAGUUAAGGUAGUAUCGACUACGGCACCACCAGAAAAUUUCGCGAUCAAACAAAAGCCGAUCCUCCCGCCAAUUUCAACAUUCGAUAAUAACUUACCAACGGCAAGUCCAAUCGCUAAGUUGGUAUUCCCAACAACUGUUAGAUUCCGGUCUGAAAGUGUUCAGCCAUUUAUGCUGCAAUAG